GAAUCUGUACCUGGCGUGGAGUUCCGGCCCCUCCCCCUCUAUGACCUCCCUGGACCGUCUCCUCUAAAGAGUUCGGCAGCUGUGGUGCUGUUUAAUCGUCCUCCUCCCCAUUGGGUACUUACGUGGAUAGCUGUGCGCGGUUCAUGAACGGAUACCGGGGGUGACGUUUAUUGACACAAGAUGGCAAACCCGGUGACAUCAGCCUGCUGUGUGGUGCUAGCCGCGGCCGUCAUGGUGUACGCACAACGCCACGCCGAGGAAGCAAAGUCAAGAUCUCGGCCUUUCGUCUCCGAGCCCGGGGCACAGGACCGCGUACAGACCGCCCGCGCAGGACGCAGCUCGCAAAGAGAUCCCCACUUCCAGUACGAGAAGAUCGGCUCAGACGCGGUGGUAAAGUGCGGAUCUCUGGACUCCGACUUCCCUGUAACGUGGACUGUAAACGGGACGGACAUUGACAGUUCCCAGCUGAACGGCUCCUCUCUGGUCUUACACAACCUCAAUCUCACACACAAUGGAUUAUAUUCCUGUUUUGAGGGAUCUUCCUGGAAAAUCCAGCACCAGACCGUCCUCAGAGUCGGCUAUCCUCCUAAAGAGCCAUCGCUGAUGUGCCGGUCGAACAAUUACCCCGCCUCUUUCUACUGCAGUUGGCACCUCCCGAGUUCCACCAACAUCCCCAACAACUUCAACAUCACCGUCAUGCAUGACACAAAGCAGCUCUUCUGUGAGAAAGACCCCUACCCCAAAAACCGGUGUCACAUAAAGUACAGCCACCUCUUCUCCACGCUGAAGUACCGGGUGACGGUCGUAGUGACGAACCCUCUGGGACGAAACUCCACCACUAUCAGCUUCGAUGAAUUUUCUAUAGUGAAGCCGGAUCCACCGGAGAACGUCGUAGCAAAACCCGUUUUUAAAAAUCCUCGGCGGUUGGAGGUCACAUGGCAGACGCCGUCCAGUUGGCCAGACCCGGAGUCGUUCCCGCUCAAAUUCUUCUUGCGGUAUCGACCGCUCAUCCUGGACCAAUGGCAGCACGUAGAAUUAUCGGACGGGACGUCUCACACAAUUACGGACGCCUAUGCCGGAAAGGAGUACAUCAUCCAGGUGGCAGCCAAAGACUAUGAGAUCGGCACGUGGAGCGACUGGAGUGUAGCGGCACAUGCCACGCCGUGGACGGAAGAGCCCAAGUACAUCACCACAGAAGCCCAGAAAACAGAAACAACAACGACAAUCACAACAACGACCACAACGACUUAUAUGACACCUCCAACUACCAAGCCGUGUGAUCCAGAACCUACAGACAACUCAGCCCGAGUAUCCUGGUCCUCUCUAUUGUUAUUGGUUCCAGUUGGGAUUUUACUUAUGUGAUUCCUUGGCUGGAUUUUCACAAAAAAAGUAUUUCAAUAUUUUUUCUCUAUUUUGCACAUGUUAAGGAGGAUACAACUUAUUUUCAUUUUAUCUUCAUUGGUUAUAAAUUUUUAUUUUCCUUGGAAUGGACAAAUUCGCCUGAGAAAAAAAAAAUGGAACGUUGCCAUGCCCAGCAAUUAAAAGAAAACAAAUUAUAGAAAAAAUAAUGGAUAAAACAAAACACACAACUUAAGAUAAAACUGAACAAUAAUUACACUUGGAUAUAUAAAAAUUCUGCCAAAACAAGGAGUGCUUUAUUGAAAGCAAACCAAAUGUACACAUUGCACAGCGUAAUCGUGGGCAGCUGGACAAACUCACUAUUUUUGAAAACUUUCUGGAUGAUGGGGCGCUACAAAAUGUCAUAGGAUCAUACAGCUAUACCACCAUGCCAAAGACAACUUCUAGAGUUUUACCCACAAUGCUGUGCUUUCUCACAUACCGCGUAAAUCAAUGCCGCUUUGGAAAUGAUCCUUAUGGAAUGUUCUGAGCCACAGAUCAAUUAUCACUCUAAUGAUGUUCCUGGAACCGCACGCGCCUUUCUUUUUUGAUGCUUUUUCUCUUUUUUUGCCAAAUGGGAAGACUUUGCACAUCUUAAUUUUCACCUUCUUUGAGUUGUUGGUUAAGACUUUGAAGGAGGUAUCUCCUUACCUUCAAAUUUGAUACCACAAGACAAAAAGUGUCAGUAUUGUGGCUGGUACCGUGUCUCAAGGCAAACAAUCCAUUGGAAUUGGUCUGGGAAGCUAUGGAAGUUCCCUGACGCUGCUGUGAGCUUCUUUAGGAGGUGAACAUUUUUAUUAUGAACAGUGAACAAUCAACCUGUUUCAUCGGAAGACUUUUUCAUACAUUUCUGAAACUUAUUUCCCCCAAUGUGGGUUUAAAAUUUCACAUCAACUCGGAACACAAUGCUGCACUGAUCUUAUUUUCAUGCAGGACUUCAGAUAAAAAUGCUACAUCACUAUGUUCCUUUUUUAUGCCAAACAGAAUGUGUUAAGGUUCAAUAGAUUUUGUCCAAUCAAAAUGUCUGGUCAAAAAAAAACAGCUGGUAAAUCAGUCCUAUACUCUUGCUAUAGAAGUCUUGUAACAUCAAUAAAUUUUUAUUGGAAUUGUCAAGUCUUUGGAAGUUGUAGGUGUAAUGUAGGUGCCCUUUGCGGUACCCUGUAAUCACCUGUUCAAAAAAAUAGAUAUUUUCAUUCAAAGCCAAUAUGCAAGUUACUUUCUACUUUAUAAAUAUUUUUUGGAAGCAAAAUUUAGAACAAACAUUAUUUCUCAUAAUCCAUAAAGCAACUCCUGUUGUGUAUUAUCUUGUUAUAGAAGCCUUGUGACAUCAUUCAAUUUUCAUAGGGAUUUUUAAGUCUUUGCAAGUUGUUGGCAUAAAGUAAGUACCCUUUGCUGUACCCUGUAAACACCUGUUCAGGAAAAAGAUCUAUGAUUCAAAGCCAAUAUGCAAGUUAAUUUUUAGUUCAUACAUUUUUUUUUAAAGCAAAAUUGAAAAAACUAUUUCUUAUAAUCCACAAACUUCUAUGGUGUAGAAGUAUAUACAAAAAAAAAUCAGAUUUUUUUUUCUUUUAAGGUUAAGUUCUUCUUUAUAAAAAAAUAAUAAAUGCACAUAAUUUUGCAGGAAACAAAAUGUGCUUUUAUUAUUUAUUUUCACAGGCACCUGCAAAGCAUUUCACCCAUGAUCAAUAGUUAAUGCCCAUUUCACAUUUGACGGCUGCUGUGGGGGAGAAGAACCCUCACAUGCUGUCACAGGGGUUUGCUCAGCCGCAUGUUACACCCUAAAUACAGGUGUAACAUGUUGCUAAAGGUGGCGUUGGCCUUUAAAUUAAUUGUCAGAUAUGGAUACAUUUUUUGUUAUCACUGAUAAACUGAAUGAAUGCUUGAUUUAAAGGACUAGUCCACUGACUGAGAUAUAAAGCUUAACUGUUGAAUAGAUUGCAGUGGAUUGGUGCACC